AUGCCGACGCCUACUCUUUCCGGGACAGUCCUCCUCAACCUAGGACCUCUAACGACAAUAUGGACAGCCCCGGCAUCAUGCGCAACCUCAACCCCAACCCCGGCGCUAGCUCGCAAAUUUGAUCCGGGCGUGGCAUACUGGCAACAAACCUGCGAAGUCGACCGCGACCCAUACGACGACUGCAUCCCCUCCGGCGAUGCCAUGAACUCAGAAUACCACUCACGCCGGACCUCUACUGAGCGGUUCCUCUUCCAUUAUUCCCCGGGCAGCCAGUGUCCCUCCGGAUGGGUCACCGCAGGCUACGGUAUCCGCGAUGAGACAUCGUCGCAUUCAUUGAGCGGCGUCUUUGCCGACCCGACGCUGACCUUCGACGCCGGGACGACCACGUCUAUUGCGUCGGAGAUUAACCCCACGUUUGAGUUGAGGGCGGAUUUGUUCAUGUCUGCGAUGGAGCCUUCGGAGACUGUGAUCGCGUGUUGUCCGAGUGGGUAUACCGCGGGACUAUAUGGGAACUGCUACUCCUCCACCGCCAGAGAGGUUUACACUGCGUCUACAGGUUGCAAGUUGUACAAUGUAAACGAUGUGGAAGUGGUAGACCGCACGUUUACUUUCCACGGGAGAGUCGUUACAGGCAGCUCCAUAUCGAUCAAGGGCUCGGUUGUUUCGUUGCAACCGAACACAGUGACUAUUGAGGCAAAGGACAGCACGAGUUACGUUGGCGCGUUGAUCACGCCUGGGAUCACGCUUGUGAAUAAGGGUCUUUCUGAGGUUGCAGUUCAGACCUCGGCUGCUGGUUCUGGAGAGAGUUCGUCUACGGGCCCGACUGAGACGCCCAGUUCUGGAGUUUCUUCUAAGGCCGCCGGUUCGUCUAUAGUUAAUGGCGUUAUGAUGGCUGUUUGGGGAGUUGCGGUAAUGGCGGGUGCCGCUCUCAUGGUGCCUCUUUGA